GUACUCAGUGUGUGUGUGUGUGAGUGUUCUGCACACAGGAAGAGGUGGCGCGCUAUGUUCGACUGAAAUGUGUGAUGUGUGAUCAGGGGGGAGCCGCCUGAAAGCUGCAACAAGGCCAAGAUAUUGUAGCCUGUAGCCCAUUCCGCGCCGGGACAUCUCACGCUGGCAAGGUGGGCGCUGCACUGGCUGGAGACUCCAUGUAGCGGCGCGGCCCCAGGCACAAGAUGGCGGAUCUGUCAUUGUUCCAGGAGGAUGUACAGGAGGAAAUAGAUGGAUUUGGUGUGGAUGACUACAGCUCAGAGUCUGAUGUGAUUAUUAUACCUUCAGCCCUGGACUUUAUCUCGCAAGAUGAAAUGUUGACCCCUCUUGGAAGACUGGACAAGUACGCUUCAAGCGAGAACAUAUUUAACAGACAAAUGGUUGCCCGAAGUCUGCUGGAUACAUUAAAAGAAGUCUGUGAGGAUGAGAAGGAUUGUAUUGCUGUUUUAGAAAGAGUAACAAGGUUGUCUGAGGAUUCAGAGCCCACCGUGCGUGCUGAACUUAUGGAACAAGUGCCUCAUCUUGCAAUGUUUUGCCAAGAAAACCGACCACCUAUUCCACAUGCUUUCUCCAAAUACCUUCUGCCUAUUGUAGUUCGAUACCUUGCUGACCAGAAUAACCAGGUUCGAAAGACUAGCCAAGCAGCUUUGCUUGUGUUACUUGAACAGGAGAUUAUAGAGAGGUCUGAUGUUGAAAGUAAAGUGUGCCCUGUCCUAAUUGAUCUCACUGCCCCUGAUAGCAACGAUGAUGUCAAGACUGAAGCUGUGGCAAUUAUGUGUAAAAUGGCACCAAUGGUGGGAAAAGAUAUCACAGAGAGGCUAAUCCUCCCGAGAUUCUGUGAAAUGUGUUGUGACUGCCGAAUGUUUCAUGUUCGAAAGGUUUGUGCAGCCAAUUUUGGCGAUAUUUGCAGUGUUGUCGGGCAAGAAGCAACAGAAAAAAUGCUGUUACCGCGGUUUUUCCAGCUGUGUUCCGAUAAUGUUUGGGGCGUCCGGAAAGCCUGUGCUGAAUGCUUCAUGGCUGUAUCCUGUGCAACUUCUCAAGAACUCCGUCAAACCAAGUUGUCUGCUCUCUUUAUUAACCUAAUUAGUGACCCUUCUAGAUGGGUCCGCCAAGCUGCCUUUCAGUCCCUAGGACCCUUUAUAUCCACAUUUGCAAACCCAUCUGCACAGUUUUUCAAAGAAGAAGAAUGUACGAACACCAUGAAUGAAAAAUCAAAUGAAACAGAUGAGAGUAAUUCCAAAAAGGCCAUAAAUACAACUGAUGAGAAAGUGUUUGUGGAUGCUGACAUUGCAACAGAAGACUGUACUGCAAGUGAUAGCCUUGUUAACUUUAGUGUGCAGUUAGAAGCAGACAAUGAAGAGGAAUCCGAUAGAGCUUCGAAGGACACUGUUCACCAGCAUAACAUUCUUUCACUUUGCACUUUGGAGUCUACAGUUGACUCUGAAAUAUUGGAGCAGAACUGUCCUGGCACACAGGCACAUAUAUUGCCAGAGGUAGAGACUGCAAACCGUGCUAUGAGUGAGCAAGAGUUAUACAACUCAUUCCAUUACUGGAGGACUCCCAUCCCUGAUAUUGAUAUCGAUUUGGAGUUGCGACAGUCCGAAAGUAAAGCAUGCAGCACUGAAAGACAAGUUCACAAAGAAUCCUCCUUAGGGUCUCCCAAUAUCACAAUGGCUACUAGGAAGGAGCUGGAGGAGAUGAUAGAAAAUCUGGAACCACAUAUAGAUGAUCCUGAUGUUAAAGCACAAGUUGAUGUCCUUACUGCAGCCCUAAAAGCAUCCAGCCUGGGAACUCGGGAAGAAUCGAAACUGUCUUUCUUAAACAUGGAAAUAGGUUAUCACCAUGAUCUGUCUGAGCCAGGAAAGUUCAACUGUAAGAUCUCCCGGAAUGACUGUGCUCCUCUUAUAAGUGAUUCUGUUGAGUGUAUACAGUCCACAUUGCGCUUCAUCCAUAACGAUUCUGAUUUAAGCACCUUCAGCCCAGAUGAGGAGAAAAAGUCAAAACUACAAGAUGUUGUACCUCAAGCCAUACUGGAUCAGUAUUUAUCCAUGACUGACCCAUCUCGUGCACAGACUGUUGAUACAGAGAUUGCCAAACAUUGUGCCUAUAGCAUUCCAGGGGUAGCUCUCACAUUAGGCAGACACAACUGGCACUGCCUCAGAGACACUUAUGAGACGCUGGCAGCUGACAUGCAGUGGAAAGUGCGGAGAACUCUUGCUUUCUCAAUUCAUGAACUUGCAUUGAUACUUGGUGAUUCUCUGACUGCUGCUGACUUGUUACCCAUCUUCAAUGGAUUCCUGAAAGAUCUGGAUGAAGUUAGAAUAGGCAUCCUAAAGCAUUUGUAUGACUUUCUGAAGCUUCUCCAACAGGACAGAAGGAGAGAGUAUCUUUAUCAACUACAAGAGUUCCUGGUCACGGAUAAUGUUAGGAAUUGGCGCUUUAGAGCAGAACUAGCAGAGCAGCUCAUUCUGCUUCUUGAACUGUACAGUGCUAGAGAUAUUUAUGAUUACUUACUGCCAAUUGCUGUUAAUCUGUGUGGAGAUAAAAUCUCUUCUGUUCGUUGGAUUUCCUAUAAGCUGGUGAGUGAAAUGGUGAAGACAUUGUACCAAGCUUCCAGCACUGUACUACUUCUAGACCUUUUGAAUAAACUCGUGGAGCAGUUUUGUCAAAGUCUUAAAUGGUCCGGACGGCAGACAUUUGUUUUCAUUUGCCAGGCUCUUAUUGAAGAUGAUUGCCUUCCUAUGGACCAGUUUGCCAUUCAUGUCAUGCCUCAUCUGCUGCAUUUAGCUUCAGACAGAGUUCCCAACGUGAGAGUCCUCCUUGCAAAGACCUUGAAGCAGACCCUUCUGGAAAAAGAAUACUUCCUGACCUCUGCCAACUCUCACCAGGAAGCAGUGGAACAGACCAUUAUGGCUCUACAGAUGGAUCCUGACAGUGAUGUGAAAUACUUUGCCAGUAUACACCCUGCUAGCACCAAACACACCGACGAUGCCCUGAGCACAGCCUCUUCCACGUACUAAACCGCUUCCCUUUCUACAAAAGACUUUCUUAAACUUUAAACACACGGCAGCAUUAUCACUGUCCUUUUUCUUUCUUUCCCUACUGUAUGUUAGGAGGGAAGAGUAACUACAGACUCUCAGAGGAUAACCACCAAAGCCUUAAUUCUUCUGUCUUCCUGAGAUAUCGUGAAACUUGAAUUGGUGGAUGGGUUCAUUUAAAUUUGCUAGGGAGGAAGGAAGUUAUUCCUAUUCGUCUACAAUUCUGAAUGCUGAAAUCAAUGCUAAAGGCAUGGCCAGUAUAGGAAUAUAGUUUACAUUGCUGUGCCGAUUAGCAGGGGAUAUGUUUUGGCACUGGCAGAUGUUAAAGAUGGGCUACAAGCAUUUUGUUGUAUGGCACAUUAUUGCCCAGUAAAAAAGCCUCAAACUGCAGUGACUCUCCCUAUAAUCUUCCUCCAAACCAUUGUAAAGAAUUUCCAGUAUUGGGUGCAAUUGGAGUUUUAUUAGAGCUAUUAUUCCCCCUAUGUUUCUUAACGUGUGAAUAUUAUUAUUAUUAUUUUUUUUUUGGGGUAUGUGUGUAAACAGACAUGAGAAGACGGGAGUAGUAUUUUCCUUAAGGGCUCAGUGCUAACACUACAUUACAAACUGGUUUUAAUUCUUUAAUGCAGCAUAUUGCUGUACUUAUUGGCAGGCAACGUUGCUGCGAAGCGCCUCUGCUCUAAUUCGUUUUCACGCUGGUCACGACUUCAAGGAAAUGUAUUCGUUCAAGCGCUUCAAGUCAGGUUUUUUUAACUUGAUCCCGUUCACUUGCAGUGUUCAUGUACAUAUCUGCCUGUGCUCCCUGGAGUGCUGCAGUCUUUAAUCAUGUUGGAAUACAAGUAGAUUUGCUUGUCUGAAUAAAAUGUAAUACGUUUCAAUA